GAGGUCCCAUAAUGUCAUUCAGUUUUCUCUCCUCAUUGCCCAUGGAUCACUUCCAGUGUUCGAUCUGUCUUAAUGUCUUCACGAACCCAGUCACCACACCCUGCGGACACAACUUCUGCAAGACUUGCAUCAGUGAGCACUGGCACAGCAGUGAUUUAUGUCAGUGCCCAACGUGUCAUAAAAGAUUCCAUGUAAGGCCUGAGAUGUCCACAAACACGAUCAUUGAAGAGAUUUCAGUCCACGUGAAGAGGAGAAAACUUGAGUUACCAGAAAGUCCUGAGGCAGAGAGCGGGGUGAUGUGCGAGAUUUGCACAGGAAUCAAGUUCAAGGCUCAGAAGUCCUGUCUGGUGUGUCUGACUUCGUACUGUACAGCCCAUCUGGAGCCACACCACAGAGUUCCCUCACUGAUGAGGCACACACUGAUAGAGCCGGUGGAGAACCUUGAGGAGAGAACAUGUAAGAAGCACCAGAGGAUUUUGGAGAUGUUCUGCAAAGAAGAAAAUGUGUGUAUCUGCCUGCUGUGCAUCGAGAUGGAUCACAAAAACCAUGACAUAGUGCCCAUCAAAGAAGAAGGAAAUGAACAGAAGAAAAACAUUCAGUCCAAAAAUGAAGAAAUCCAAAUGUUGGUUGAGCAGAAAAAAGAAAAGAUAAAUGACUUGAUGCGUGUCUCAGAAGAGCGCAGCGACAAAGCAAAGAAGGAGAUCGAUUUGUGCAAUAAUCUGUUUACAAAGCUGAUGAGUCAUGUUGAGGAGACACAAGCCAAACUGAAAUCGUACAUCGAAGAGAAGAUCCGAAAAUCACAAGCCAAAGAUGAAGCAAUGAUUCAAGAGCUAAAAGAGGAAAUCACACAGCUGGAGAGAAAACAAUCCCAGCUGGAAGAACUUGCACAAAGUGAAGACCACCUUCACAUUCUGCAGUCACUGCAGGCACUGUGCAACCAUUCAGAUAUGAAGGACUGGUCUCAGGUCAGAAUUUACUCUGACAUAUGUGUACAGACAGUGAGGACAGCCAUGUCGCACCUUGUGGGCACUUUCCAAAGUGAACUGAAAAGUCUUACAAAGACAGAACUGACCAGAAUGAGAGAAUUUAAAGAGUUGGUCACAUUUGAUCCAAACACUGCUGGGCCCUUACUUUGUGUGUAUGAUAGUGGACAACGCAUCAAACACAUCAAAACUGCAAGAUCUCCCACUGACAACCAAGAAAGAUUUGACCGUCCCAUGGUGUUAGGAACAAAGGGCUUCAACUCCGGCCGCCAUUACUGGGAAGCACAAGUGGGAGUGAGAUGUGACUGGGAUGUGGGCGUUGCAGUGGAAUCAGUGGACAGAAAGGACACAACAACUGUAAAUGAAGAAAAUGGCUUCUUUGCUAUUGGAAAGAGAGGAUCAAAAUAUGAAGUUCACUGCAAACUGUACAAACAGCUUUAUCUGAAUCUCAGGCCAAGAAAUAUCGGCAUUUAUGUUGAUUAUGAAAAAGGGCGAGUUUCGUUCUAUGAUGUGGAUAACAAGAUACACAUUUACUCUUUCGUGGGAUUACAUCUUACAGAGAAACUGUUCCCCUAUUUUUAUUUGUACAGCUGGGCAAAGAAAUCUGAGCCUCUAGCUAUUGAAUUGAUGUUAUAA